AUGAAAGACAAAGGAUCCUCUAUAGUCGAAGAGGUUUCAUUAGAUAAGCAAGAAGUCAGUGAGAAUCAUGAAAACGAACAUAAGGACUUCGAUAAAUUAAUAGAUAAGGCUGGUAUAUUUCUUGCCGAAAGAGAAGGUAUCUAUGGAGAAAUACAAGAAGGAGAAGAAAAGAGAAUUGUUCGUAAGCUCGAUUGGAGACUUUUGCCAAUGCUUUUUUUCACAGCCACAUUGGGAGCGGUUGAUAAGCAGUGCAUAAGUACUGCAGCUAUAUAUGGGUUCACUGAGGACAACAAUUUACUGGGGUCCGAAUAUUCGUGGUUAGGUUCUAUCAUAUUCAUAGGAUCCCUUGUGGGAAUGUGGCCAAUGACUUUUAUAUUGCAAAAAUUUAGACUAGGAAUGGUCUUAGUUGUUGCAUCAUUACUUUGGAGUGCAUUAACUUUACUAUUUUGCGCUGGCCACAAUUUUGCAGGGUUUGCUGCUUUGCGUUUCCUCUUGGGUUUUAUUGAAUGUGCAAUUGUUCCUGGAUGCACUUUAAUGGUUACUCGUUUCUACAUAAAAAAGGAACAGGCGCCUAGGUUAGCCUAUGUAUUUGCUUUUGCCUCAUCAGUAAUAAAUGGGUUUUUGUCUUGGCUAGUUGGAAAUUUUAAUGACAAUAUACCUAAGUGGAAGUAUCUAUAUUUAAUGGUGGGAUCUAUUUCUUUUACUUGGAGUUGUUUUAUCUUCUUCUAUUUACCAGAUACCCCUAUGAACACGAAGUUUUUAACUGAUAGAGAAAAGUAUUUUCUUAUUAAGAAAGUGGUUAAAAAUCAAACAGGUAUAGAAUCAAAUGAUUGGAAAUGGGAACAGAUGGUUGAAGCACUUUUGGAGCCUAAGUCUUACAUUAUCAUGCUUUUCAAUAUAGGAAUUAAUAUUACAAAUGGUGGUCUUAGUGCUUUUUCUUCCAUUAUUAUUAAUAAUUUGGGCUUUUCUGCCAUGGAAUCAUCACUAAUGAGUAUGCCAACAGGUGUAAUCGCUACAUUGGCAACAAUAGGAUUCACAUAUGCUACUACAAAGUUUCCUAACAAAAGAUGUUUAAUUUGUGUGAUUUCGUUAUUUAUUCCAUUAAUCGGUGCUAUACUACUUUAUACUAUUGACCAGUCUAAAAUUGGACCUCAGUUGUUUGGGCUCUAUUUGGCUUAUUUCUAUUUUGCUCCAUAUGUCAUUAUGAUGUCCUUGGCUCAGGCUAAUACUGCUGGAAAUACAAAAAAAUCUGUUGUUUACAGUAUGAAUUAUCUAGGAUAUGCAGCAGGGGCAUUAAUCGGACCACAAACAUUUAGAGCUGAAGAGGCACCAAAGUACACCGGUGGGUUUACUGGGAUGAUGGUAUCUUUCUGUGUUUGUAUUUUGCUCAGUAUACUCUAUUGGUUCAUUUGUGUUUUGAAUAACAGAAAUAAGAAAGCUAUGGUAGAAUGCGAUCAAAACAUCGAAAUUCAAAUUGCUGUUGCCUCCGAAGAGACAGAUCUAAUGUAUGAUUUGACCGACAAACAACAGGCAACUUUCUUAUACACAACUUAG